AUGUCUAAGCGCGGUCCUGGAGAGCCGGGGGAGGCUGGCCGGGCAAAGUGUAGUCCUGGAGAGCUGUGGAAGGCCAGCAGGGUGGAGAGCCGGGGGAGGCCGGCAGGGAGGAGAGUGGUCCUGGAGAGCUGUGGGAGGCCGGCAGGGAGGAGAGUGGUCCUGGAGAGCUGUGGGAGGCCAGCAGGGCGGAGAGUGGUCGUGGAGAGCCGUGGGAGGCCAGCAGGGCGGAGAGUGGUCGUGGAGAGCCGGGGGAGACCGUCAGGGUGGAGAGUGGUCCUGGAGAGCCAGGGGGAGACCAGCAGGGAGGAGAGUGGUCCUGGAGAGCCAGGGGGAGACCAGCAGGGAGGGGAAAGCCGGCAGGGCGGAGAGCGGUCCUGGAGAGCCAGGGGAAAGCCGGCAGGACGAAGAGUGGUCCUGGAGAGCCAGGGGGAAGCCGUCAGGGAGGAGAGUGGUCCUGGAGAGUCGGGGGGAGGCCGGCAGGGCGGAGAGUGGUCCUGGAGAGCUGUGGUAUGCCGUCAGGGAGGAGAGUGGUCCUGGAGACCCGGGGAGACCGGCAGGGAGGAGAGUGGUCCUGGAGAGCCGGAGGAGACCGGCAGGGCGGAGAGUGGUCCUGGAGAGCCGGAGGAGACCGGCAGGGCGGAGAGUGGUCCUGGAGAGCCGGAGGAGACCGGCACGGAGGAGAGUGGUCCUGGAGAGCCGGAGGAGACCGGCACGGAGGAGAGUGGUCCUGGAGAGCCGGGGGAGACCGGCAGGGAGGAGAGUGGUCCUGGAGAGCCGGGGGAGACCGGCAGGGAGGAGAGUGGUCCUGGAGAGCUGUGGGAGGCCGGCAGGGAGGAGAGUGGUCCUGGAGAGCUGUGGGAGGCCAGCAGGGCGGAGAGUGGUCGUGGAGAGCCGUGGGAGGCCAGCAGGGCGGAGAGUGGUCGUGGAGAGCCGGGGGAGACCGUCAGGGUGGAGAGUGGUCCUGGAGAGCCAGGGGGAGACCAGCAGGGAGGAGAGUGGUCCUGGAGAGCCAGGGGGAGACCAGCAGGGAGGCGAGUGGUCCUGGAGAGCUGUGGUAUGCCGUCAGGGAGGACAGUGGUCCUGGAGAGCCAGGGGAAAGCCGGCAGGGCGGAGAGCGGUCCUGGAGAGCCAGGGGAAAGCCGGCAGGACGAAGAGUGGUCCUGGAGAGCCAGGGGGAAGCCGUCAGGGAGGAGAGUGGUCCUGGAGAGUCGGGGGGAGGCCGGCAGGGCGGAGAGUGGUCCUGGAGAGCUGUGGUAUGCCGUCAGGGAGGAGAGUGGUCCUGGAGACCCGGGGAGACCGGCAGGGAGGAGAGUGGUCCUGGAGAGCCGGAGGAGACCGGCAGGGCGGAGAGUGGUCCUGGAGAGCCGGAGGAGACCGGCAGGGCGGAGAGUGGUCCUGGAGAGCCGGAGGAGACCGGCACGGAGGAGAGUGGUCCUGGAGAGCCGGGGGAGACCGGCAGGGAGGAGAGUGGUCCUGGAGAGCCGGGGGAGACCGGCAGGGCGGAGAGUGGUCCUAGAGAGCCGGAGGAGACCGGCAGGGCGGAGAGUGGUCCUGGAGAGUCGGGAGGAGACCGGCAGGGCGGAGAGUGGUCCUGGAGAGUCGGGAGGAGACCGGCAGGGCGGAGAGUUGUCCUGGAGAGUCGGGGGGAGGCCGGCAGGGCGGAGAGUGGUCCUGGAGAGUCGGGGGGAGGCCGGCAGGGCGGAGAGUGGUCCUGGAGAGUCGGGGGGAGGCCGGCAGGGCGGAGAGUGGUCCUGGAGAGUCGGGGGGAGGCCGGCAGGGCGGAGAGUGGUCCUGGAGAGUCGGGGGGAGGCCGGCAGGGCGGAGAGUGGUCCUGGAGAGUCGGGGGGAGGCCGGCAGGGCGGAGAGUGGUCCUGGAGAGUCGGGGGGAGGCCGGCAGGGCGGAGAGUGGUCCUGGAGAGUCGGGGGGAGGCCGGCAGGGCGGAGAGUGGUCCUGGGGAGGCUGGCACGGUUUUCAUGGCUGAAUCCUCCUCCCUGAGUGGCUGA